UGCGUGGCCGCAGGGUCUUCCAAGAUAUCUCAGGUGGGGUCCCUGCCUUCCAGCAGCUUCUGUGGUGAGGAGAAGUGAUCACCACACAGAUGCUGCAGCAGAAGGGGGGGCUAGAUGCUACCUAUGGGAGAGGCCUGCGUCUCCAGGAGUCAAGCAUGGCUUCAUGCAAGACGGAGUUUUGCAGACUGAUUAUGAAGGGACCUAAGCUGAGAAGACUCAGGGCCAGGUGAGCAGGUCACAAAGGACGAAAAUCUUCUACUUGGCUGAACAAAAGAAAGGGUCAUUACCUUCCAGAGCUUCUUUCAACGGGGUAACGAACCGCUGGAACUCCAUCUCUUCCAUGGCCGAGAGCACAUCACUGGCAUUCAGGGUCUUGCGUUUCCCUUUCAUUGCGAAGUUGUUGGCACUGAAAGAAAAAGAUUAAAGGCCGUCAGGAAGCUGUCAGACCCCCUCUUGCCAAAUAAGGGGUGAAAAAGGGGCACCAGCGGUGCUAUGGAAAAGCCUAGGUCACAGAUGCAUGGAUUUUUGUGACAUGUUGAGUCCCUCCCUUCCCUGUACGAAAGGGUAGUUUUGUUUUAUUUUGCUUCAGACCUUGCAAGAACUGGAUGAGAGCUGUGAACCUUCCCCGCACUGAGAUAGGGCACAAUUGUUGGGGUUUGUGGACUCCAGGCCAGGGGGUCUCUUUGCGGCUGGCUCCCUGACGCCCCCGCCCCAACCAAGCUCUGGCUAGCUCAGUCCGCCUCACCAGGAAGUGGCGUACAACACGAAGACGCUAGCGGCGCGGGAGAUGGCGCUGCGAGCCUCCUUGGAGAUGUUGACACCGUCGGGGAGCUGUGAAAAAAGCGUGGCUAUGGACUUGCCAGACGAGAGCCAGUGGGAUGAAACAACCUGCAAAUUGGCUCUUUGUCAGCAUCCACAAUGCUGGGCCACGAUCCGCAGGAUUGAGAGGGGCCAUCCUCGAAUCCUGGCUCCCCCGUGCAAAACAGCGCUGAAUGAUGAAGACAAACUCCCAGUGCUCACCAUUGUAAACAUGGCAGAUUCCUGCAUCCAGGCCAAGGGACUUGCUCAUCGUCAUUUAUCAGGAUUCACCUUCACCAAACCUUCCUCUUCACUGUGUCCAGGUUCAAAGUUUGACUCCAAAUUCCAAGGCAGGCACUCAGCUUUUAUUGAUGGUGACGUAACUGCCUGUGGUUGGAGAGAGAGAGGCAUAGGCUCUGAGCUCAGUUUGCGGCAGCAGCUGGUUGUGAAGUGUGUGCGGUGCGCGGUGUCAGUGUGGGACUCAUUCCAGAAUAAACACACACACCUUAAGGAAUCGGGGAGACCCUACAUCCGUUUGCUUUCGGUGCUGAAUUUGAAUGAGACACAACUUCCCAGCCCUCAAGAUGUGAGAAAUAUGGUUGUAAUCUGGAUCCCAGAACAAUCAGAGACACAUGUGAGUCCAGCUGAGAAGAAACAUAUUCUUCCCAGCCAGAACCGGAUGAAGAGAAGAAUGAAAUCUACAGUGAAAGACCGUUUUCUCAAUGGAAAGCAGAAAACAGAAACACUGCUGGGACCUCCAGGGGUGGUUGUGCCUCCCCCCUCACCAGCACACUUUAUUGAGCAACUAAACGCGGAGUCCAUACCUUUCUGGAACCAAUUGGAUAUGUUACCUCAGGAUCUACUGAAGGACCUCUUGCCUGGUGAAGGGAAAACCAUGCCUUCCCUGGAGAUGAAGACACAAUUGGCCAUGAUGAAGAAGAAGGCUCCCCUGGAAAGGAGCCGACCCGACAGUGCCAUUUCUGCUCGGAUGUUCUUGUCCGUACACCGCCUCACCCUGCAGAGACCAGCAUUAAGAUAUCCUAAACAUUUGAAGAAUUUCUAUUACAACCCGAACACAGAAGGUCACAAGAAACAGCAGCAGUGGCAGCAGAAGCAGCAGCAGAGGAAGGUGAAAACCCCACCAAAGAGACAGGAGGAUAAGAAGAAAUCCAAGAGUGAUCUGGGGAGCCAGGACAUUUUGCAUAAACGUUUGGGUGCCGUGGUAUAUGGCCCACGCUAUGGUCAAAGAACUCUACUAAGUCGGAAAAGUGACAAAAAGCAGCCACAGCAGGUGAAGCCAGAAGGACCCACCUCGAUAAAGUGUUCCACAAGGAGGCCACGGAUGGAAUACUCUGAGAAUUAUCUGGAUUCCUUCCCCGAUAAGGAUGAAAGAGAGCACACAAGCAGGGGGAGCAGCAGAAGGAGAGGGAGAGAAUCCCAAGCCGACUCACUGCUGAGCUCUGAGCACGGGGCUCCAUCUCACGACCCUGAGAUCAUGACCUGAGCCAAAAUCAAGGGUCAGCCACUCAACAGACUGAGCCACCCAGGUGGCCCCCCGGACAUCUUUUUAUAAGAGAAAGUUAUCCCUCAUCAAUUAUUUGGUUCCAGUAAGUACAGUUUGUACAAGAAAGGCAGAUUAAAUGUUAACUGUUUUUUAACAUUGUCUCAAAACAGACCAAAUUAGAAAGCUGAAACUGCUGCCUACUCGUUUUCUCUCCCAAGCCAAAUCACAAUUAUGUGACAUCUUUUGUGUUACUAGACCGAACUAUACUUAGCUGAAUUUUAGUAGUGAGAAGAAUCUGAGAGGUGUCAUGUGGGCUGUUUUUCUGCAAAUAAUUAUUUCCCGAAUGUACAAUACCUUGUAGAAUGACUUGUGUGGGUUAACUUAAACAUUACACCUUUUUUCAACUCCUUGGUCUUCCCUCAGACCUGUCCACUCAGGCAAACCCGAUUUCCAGUGGUCAGUAGUGAGGCUGAGGAGGGGGCAUGGCUGAACUUUCAUUCGCUCAUUUUAUCUGAAGAUUCAGAGAAGAGAAAUUCUAACUAUUACCGAUUCAACUAUGCACUUUUAGUUAAGCAACUCUCAGAAAUUGGCACAUUCUUCUCAGUUUUGUUGAUAAGUACAAAGUUACCUUUUGAAUCAUGAUGUGUUUUGAAUGAGAAGAUGUUUGCUAUUUGAACACUGGCCUUUGCUUCUGUUUUCAAAGGGAGGAAAACCAUUUGUGGGCUGAAACCUGUUUCUCCUUUGAUCCUUCAAGUCACAAAUAGAAUUUAGGGCAAUAUAAUCUGCAGGCCACAUUACAGUCCACAAGGCAGUUUAUACCCACUAUUUUGGUUGGUUCUCUGGCCAACUCUAUAAGUAGAUGUGGACUGUCCCAUUUUAUAGAUUAGAAAACUGAGGCUCAGCAUCCAGGACUGAUGAUCACUCAUUUGGGGCCUUAGUGAAUUAGGAAAAAAAAAAAAAAGGCAUCCUUUAAGACACUUUAUUACCAUCUGUUGAAAAUUCUGUCAAUGAAUAUAUAAAUCUACAAUGAUUACAAUAUGAGUGACAUGCCUAGAGUUGGUCCACAACCUUCACCACAGGACCUGGUGGCCUUGCUGGAGAGAUUAAGUCAUUUGCCCGGAAUCAAAGGCCAGCAAGGGAAGGGGGCUGGGCUUAGAACCUGGGUCCUUGGUCCUGUCAUCCACUGAACUCUGAUGCUUCUCUGAUUCCCUCUCUUUAAUGCACGGCGGAGUCUGGGACAGCCUUCAUCAGAAAGGAAGGAUGAGAUCACGUAGGAAAGAACUGACUGAAGGGAAGGAGCCCUCAUGGACACUUUGCAUUAGCCUCCCAGUGUUCUGAGAGAAGAGGCGCCAGGUAACUGUUGCUAACUGCCAUUUCCUCACCAUCUGUGCCAUAGGCAUCAGGAGAACUAAGGCCCAACAGCCAGGGGGCUCUAGCUAGGGUUGCUUGGAGAGCUGCUUUAUGCAUUUAAGCAGACAAGAGGUCUUAAGACUUAGCUAGUUGGAAGAUUGUCCUAGGAUCCUUAUAAAAGGCUCUGGCUUCUUUUCUUCUUUUUCUCUCGUUCUUUGUGAUCCCUACUAGUGGUAGGCCACCGUGUUUGGGUCACCGUGUUUUCUGAGCACACUUCCUGAAGACACCUGACCCAGUUUGACCUGUGUGUGAAAGCAGAGUCAAUGACAGAGUCCUCAGUCUAUGUCCAGUCUCCUCCCUGUGGGGCCAGAUUCCUUUGUUUUGGUUUUAAUCCUGACAUCUGGGGCAACAGACUCUGUUCUUCGUUGUUUCUGGGAGGGAGUCAGGGUUUCAGCUGGGGUAGCAGUGACCCUUAAAAAAUAUCCGUUUAGUCAAAUGUGCCUAAAGGAAUUGUUUGCUAAAUUAAAGACAGAAAUACCUCUGGCUGUUAGAUAAGAAUGAUUAGAGGCCCUUGGGAAUCCAGGGGAAUCUGGGAAAGACUUUCUAAAUUGUCUUUUUCAGUUGCCAGAAGGUACCAGGGUAUGAAGUUAUUUUGUCCUUCUGUUUAUACAUUUGUUUAACAAACACCGAAUACCUAUUACGUGUUAGACAGUCGACCCCUAGAUUAUCUUGAUAGAGAAACAAAAAGUUCUGGGGAGAUGAAGAGUCAUUCCAGGGAAGAUAGCUAUACAUUUUUCUGGCUCACUUGGCAAAGUUGUUUGGGACCACUAGGUGGUGAUAUUCCAUUGUGAAAAUGAUACUCUUGCAAGACUGGAGGCCUCCGGUUCUUUACUGAGGCCAGGGUCGGCACAGCCAAAGAGAUUUCCUUGUUGAGUACGUAGAGAGAAAAACCCACAUUUCACCAGUGAGAUACAGGAUCCAAUUUAAGCGCCCUGAUGAAUGAAUUAGUCCUUGAACAAUUUAGAAUGUCAUUGGAAGAACUGUUUCAAGAGUGUGACAAAUUCUGGAACGUGCCCAGAGGCCUAGGAUUUGGGGAAAUCGGGAGCUAUCGAUGAUCCUGACAGUCAUCAGUUGGGCAGAGACGGGGAGGCAGCCUUUGAUAGGUAGAAAAAUGAAAAAUUAUCUGAGGGUCUUAUGCUGUUUUGUAUCUCCUAAAUUUAUCUUGAUCAAAUUUUGUCUGUUUAAAAAUUCAGGGAGGGUGAAAUCAAGAAAAUCAGAUUUUUUUUUUCUUUGAGUCUAUAUUACUUCUAAGGAUGGCCCUGUUUUGGAAGGGAUCUCCGCAAAUAAUUAAAACUCUCUCUUGGCCUCCGGAUCAAACCCAACCCCUUUUGCCUGUCUUACAAGCCUUGAGAGGUAGGUUUGUGGCCUGGCUGGGCCCUGCUUGUCUCCCCAGUACCAGUUCUCCCCACUUCUCCCUGGUGCUUUGUGCUCUAGCCAUGAUUUUUUUCUUUUGGUUCUAAUGAGUCAUGUCCUCUCUUUAGGCUUUAAAAAGAAAAAAAAAUUUUUUUCUGUACUUUUCUUUCAACCUGUACAAUUCUUUUCUUCCCCCUCUGCCUAUUUUCUACUCAUUCUGUAGAUCUCAGCUCAUAUGUUACUUAUUUGGGGAAGCUUUCUCUGACCACUGGCAGGGUAAGGUUCUCCUCUUUCACUUUUCCUCUCCGGGCCUCUGUGGAGCUCAUGGCUUGUCCGUCACCACCUUCCACAGCCAGACUGUGAGUUCUGUGAGUGGCAUCUGUCUUCACUGUGUACCUUCAGUACCUAGUCGAGUGCCUGACACAUUAUAAACGCUCACUAAUAUAUGCUGAAUGAGCGGAUGAAUAAAAAUCGUAUGUGACUCAUGUCUUUUCUCCAGGGUACAUAUAAUGUAGUAGUGAGAGCUAGUGGUACACAGAAGGAACUAUGGUGACAAGAAGAGAAAGGGGCACUUUGGAUGCUACCGUCUGAGACUAUUAGGUUUUGGCAAGUGGAGAUGUUUGUGGGGGUAGGUGGAGGGAAGUGAUGAGUGAUGCAGGUGAGAGAAGGUGGGGGGAUAAACAAGGAGUGUCGGGUUCCGGUCUGGAACGAGGGGAAGGUAGGGCUGGAGACAGCUUGUGUCCCUGUUGUUCAGGGCCUUGCACGCUGGGCUGGGGAGAGUGGGCUCUCUGUGAGAGCCAUCGGUGGCUCUUGUCUAAGGGGGUGAUAGGACUAAAGCAGUGCUUUAGAAAUUGUUCAUCUGGGGGCCUGUGGUGCAGUUGGUUGGACGUCCGACUCUUGGUUUCAGCUCAGGUCGUGAUCUCGGGGUCAUUGAGCCCCGUGUCAGGCUCCAUGCUCAGCACAGAGUCUGCUUCAGAUUCUCUCUCCCUCUCCCU